ACGAAGAAGAAGAAGUCUAAAAAAUUUGUCUGUCACUUGAUUUUUCUUAUUUAGUCAAUUAUACCUUUUUCUUUUUUCGCCCAGCUUUGGCCGGUAAUGAGUGCGAAUUUGUUACAUAUUCGCAAUUGAACAUCUCUAUCAACUUAGCUUCAAUUAGGCGUUAAUAAAAGACAAAGUUAUUGAUCAAAGUGCACACGAUAUUCGGUACACAAUGCGUUCGCGAAGCGCUAUCUGCUCUGUAGCCCUAAUUGCGGUUUUGUUGUUCCUGUCAAAUUGUGUCAAUGCCCUAUAUGAGGACCAAAUAAAGAAAUUUGAUUGGAGAGUUCAACACAUUGGAGCUCUUCGACAGGCCCAAUUGGAAUUGAAUUCGCUUAGCCCGCGUUUGUUGGUUAGUACGCAUGAAAAUGUUGUGGCUGUAUUGGAGCCAAAAACAGGAAAAAUAUUGUGGCGGCAAGUGCUCGAGAACUCCCCGCGCGGUGAGUUGAAAUUAAUGCAAGUGGGAACUUCCUCGGUGAAUAUAAAUGAACCAGAGAGCACAGCUGCAGCGCCCACCAAUUCAAAGCAUGGCUUCGAUGCACUCACCGUGCAAGGUCAUGCACCUGCUUUGGUGCGUGGCUGGAAUGUAGCCAACGGAAAUUUAGAGUGGGAGUGGUCCUUGAUGCCCUUACAGUCAGAUCGUGCAGAGUCGGCAUUUUGGUUUUAUAAGAACGGUUUACUGUAUCAUGUUAUCCCCACAUGGCGCAGUCACAUUGAAGUGACUCCUUAUUUUGCAACUACUGGCCAUGCUACAGAGACAACCGGUAGAAUAUCCGCUGCAUGGAUUAAUGCCGACAAAUGUGUACUAAGUGGUGUUUAUUACACCUGUUUGGAUGGCAACCAGUUAAUUGGGCUAGAUUUGACAGCAAGCCAACCGCAGGUACUGCGAAAAACUCUAGCGGAAAUUCCGAAAGACAAACUACGCGCUGUCGAGGCUAUAAGCGGCGCAUAUGUGAUUGAUAACACACUAGUCAGCAUACAUGAAGCCACUGCUGUUUGUAAUAAUUACAGAAGCAAUAGCUUCUUAUUAGGAAAAUUCCAACAGCGACGCGUUUUAGCACAAGCUGAUGUCGUUAACGGUGUUUUACAAAUUCGGGGACACUAUGUGGAUAGCUGUGAGCCAGUGCCAAAGAUGACAAUCAAUAUGGUCUAUCCAGAUUACUAUGGCACUCCAACGCUGAAAACUUUCGCCUGUACAUCGAAAGAUGAAGGUUGCUUGUAUGUGCUGGCCACAGAAGAUGAGGCUAUUUUGGCUGUGCAACAGGGGAAACUACGCUGGGUGCGUCAGGAGUCCUUGGCGAACAUAGUGGCAAGCGAAUUCAUUGAUUUACCGCUGGCUGAUGCGGAAGGCACCUUGGAGAAUGAAAUGAAAGGCAAUACUGAGGAUGCAAGGGGAUUUGAAAGUGAUAUUACCGGCGCCCUUUUGCGCCGCAUCGCUACACAAGCAAUGCAGAUGAAAAGCAUUUUCCUGCAUGUCAUCGGUUUGGGUCAACCACCUAGUGACUCGCAAAAAGCCGGUCUAGUACGAGACUCCUUUGGAUUGCACAAAAUGAUGGUUGUGUUGACACGUAGUGGCAAAAUCUUUGGCAUAGACAACAUAAAUGGUAAACAUCAUUGGCAACAGUAUUUGCGAGAUGUGGAAAAUUUUGUAAAUCAGGAGCCAAUGCGUUUGCUAGUACAGCGCACAUCCAAACACUUCCCACUGCAGCCACUCUGCACUGUUGUUGCUAAGGAUAAGUCAACGGGCAAUGGCAUGCUCUUUCGCUUCAAUCCUAUUAAUGGUAAACAUUCCGAAGGUGGCCUACUGAAGCUAAAUUACAAAAUUAAGCAAUUAACGUUGCUCGCUGAAUCGGAAAAGGACUCUAUAAAAGGAUUAUUGCUACUCGAUUCUCAAAACAAUGUCGCCGUGUAUCCGCAAUACGUGCAAGAAAUGGCACAUGGAAUGUACUUGUUUACAGCGGACAAAGCGACUGCAACACUUGAUGGUUUCUAUGUACAAUUUAUUGAUGGCGCUUUGAGUUGUCUACCGAUUUGGAAUGUACGCCUUGAUGGCCAUAACGAAGACCACCAGCUAAUUGCUGUAGCUGCCAAAAACCCCUUAGAGCAUGUGCACUCACAAGGACGUGUGCUGGGUGAUCGUUCGGUGCUUUACAAGUAUAUCAAUCCAAAUUUGGUGGCUGUAGUAACACAAGCCCCCGAUCCUGUGCACAAAUACCUGCUGAACAUCUAUCUUAUCGAUGCUGUUUCUGGCUUGAUUGUUUUCUCCAUGACACAUCGCCGGGCGCGCGUGCCGCUGCACAUUGUCCAUUCGGAAAAUUGGCUCGUAUAUUCGUACUAUAACGACAAAGUGCGACGCACUGAAUUAACAACAAUUGAAUUAUAUGAAGGUAAAACGCAGGCCAACAGCACUGUCUGGAGCUCACUGAAUGCACCACCAAUGCCUAUGGUUGAACGUCAAUCCUACAUUGUGCCCACUAUUGUGGAGUCGAUGCGUGAAACUAUUACCGAGCGUGGCAUUACAAAUAAGCAUGUGUUGAUCGGUACGGCGAGUGGUGCCAUUGUUGAAAUGCCUUGGAUUCUACUCGAUCCACGUCGCCCGAUCACAUCGAACACACAGGGCCGUGAAGAGGGUGCAAUACCUUACAUACCGGAAUUGCCAUUGCCAACAGAAAAUAUUAUCAACUACAAUCAGACAAUUGCACGCUUAAGUAAUAUCUUCACUGCACCUAGCGGAUUGGAAAGCACAUGCUUGGUUUUGGCGACUGGUUUAGAUAUGUUCGUUACCCGCGUUGCUCCAUCGAAAACAUUUGAUUUGCUUAAAGAAGAUUUUGACUAUAUUUUAAUUACUGUUGUGUUAUUGGCCCUAACAAGCGGUUCAUUAGUGGUGAAACAUUUGGCUUCACGCAAACUCUUGAAGCAGGCCUGGAAAUAAAUUAAGUUGUUUAGCGUGCAGGGAUCUAAAUGCAACAAUGCUGCAUCGUAAUAAGUUAGCGACUUUAAUCAAUCAAAUUUAAUAUCUAUAGACAAUUGAAGGUAUAGCAUUAAUGAUAUACCAAAAACAAAUUUAGUGAAAUAAUACAAAAUCUAAAAAUGAAGUGAUGACUACUGUUAUAUUCUUGUUUCUUGCUUAGUAUGUUUAUUUCAUUGACUUUAGUUAUAUUUAUUCUGUUUUUAUACUCUAAAGCGAAAAAUUUAAUAUGUAUAAAGCGGGUGAAUAGUACACAAAUAAAUAAAGUAUUUAAUUGUAUUUCCUAUAAUAGAAAAA